AUGUGUGUCUGCCUGCUGCACUGCAGAGGCGUCGCGUUGAAAAAUAAAACUGCAGGAUUACGUCGUAACAAAACCGCUCUAAAUGUGACGCUGAGCCUGCUGGUCGCAGCCGUCGUCGCGGUAGUGCUUACUACAAUUAAGCUGAACCAGUGCAGACAACAGCUGAAGGAGAACAAGAACACAACUGAAGGAACCACAAGAAGGAGACUUGCAGAAGGCGGCGCCGACAGCAAUGGUGACCGCAGCGGCGAGGAAGAAUGUGCCGAAGAAGUAUGCACAGGCGGAUAGGCAGCUGUUGCUUUUUUUGGAGGCGACCUGAUGGUUCGCCAGUCAACUCGCUGGAGGCUACUCAAUCAGGUAGUUUACGUCGUUCCUCGGAGGUGGUAUAGAGGGUCACGGGC